GGCAGGUUUUAUACAGAAAAUAAUGAAGGAAAAUAUUUAGUGGUGUUGAAUCAAAAGUUAUCAAAAAAUUUGACUUCCGCUUCCUUUCUACGCGGAGUUUUCCCAAGUGGAUACAUCAUUAAGGACGUCCGUUUCUCAACAUGGCUGGUUCAGAUACGGAAGGAGAUGAAAUUUCCACUGGGGCGGGAGCCAUGGAUACCAUGACCGCCCUUCAAGAAGUCCUCAAAACUGCACUGAUCCAUGAUGGUCUAGCACGUGGAUUACAUGAGUGUGCCAAGGCACUUGAUAAACGUCAAGCUCAUUUAUGUGUACUUGCGAGCAAUUGUGAUGAAGCUAUGUAUUCAAAGUUGGUUGAAGCUCUUUGUGCUGAACAUGGUAUUAACCUCAUUAAGGUUGAUGACAAUAAGAAACUUGGUGAAUGGGUUGGCCUGUGCAAAAUUGACAAGGAAGGAAAAGCCAGGAAAGUUGUUGGCUGUAGCUGUGUUGUUGUUAAGGAUUAUGGAAAAGAAUCACAGGCCCUUGAUGUUCUCAAUGACUACUUCAAGAGCAAGAAAUAGAGAUAAAAGAAAACGUAAAAAAGAGAAAAAAGUAAAGAAAAAACCUGUAAAAUUGUAAAAUAAAAGUGCAGUUUUGAGGCAAA